UAUUACGUCAAAACAAGUCUGCUUGUGUGCCAGGAAAUUUAAAAAAUUGUGAAAUGAAAAGCCAGGCAAAGUUUAAAAUAACUAAAAACAAUUAGCAUAUAAUAAGAUUCUAGUGCCCUGCAAUACGUAGAGGUGAAAACAUGAUGACGCUGGAUGUGCAACAGGCGUCUUAACCAAGUCGGCAAGUACAGGCAAGUUAAGCGCCUGUGCAGUGCACCUCAAACUGCACAACGGAUAUGCAAUUUCUGGUUGCCAUAAGGUGCGGUGAAGUCAAGUUCAAAUUCAAUACGCUUUGGGCAACGUCUUCAAGUCGCUUAGCUUUCGCAUUCGCACUCAAACCCACCACCGCUAAGCGCGAAUAAACUCACCACAGCUUACUGGCAAGCUUGCUGCGCACACAGUGGUCAAAAGGCGAAACACUUCGCUGCAGCUGCUGUAGUCGGACGCAAGCAAAGCGCUCUGUCGUUUCAAUUAUUUGGCGCGUGUGUUUCAGAGUCAUUAUCUGAACAUCAUAUAUCUUAACUGUAUCUGUAUCUGUGUCGUUUUUUCCAAUUCGAUGCAGUCUUAAGCGAAACAAAAGCCAGCAAUAAUAAUGCUGUUCUAAAUUUAACAAGUUGCAUUUUUUUCGAAUUGAAAAAUCUUUAACAGAAAAAAAAAAUUAAAUUAAAUAAAAAAGGAAAACAAAAGCAAAUCAAAAUCAAAUCAAUCGCAGCAUAAAUAAAAAAUGGCCUGUUUGAGCACUUCCGGUCGCGUCGCGUGCGUUUCGCGUCGACAACAGACGCACAAAUUCAUCUGUCGCCUGUUCCUUAAUCAUCAGCUGAGCUUGCGACGGCAAAGCAGCCAGCUGCCACCAGCAGCAUUAGCAGCAGCUGCCCAAGGACAAUGUAUGAAAAAGUACACGAACAAUAAGCCACAAUUGGUGCGUAGCUUUCAAGGAUUAGGCUGCGGCAUUAACCAGGAUUACCUCAGCUUGCUGCAAAACCCACACAGCUGCAGUCACAGCUCACAGUACUCAGGCUGCUUAGCAUCAAGUAUACGCAAACACAGCUCCGUUCACACACAGCAGCCGGCCGGACCUGUGAGAGAAAUCCAAAUUGAUCCCUAUAUAAUCCUCGACGACGAGCUCAAGUAUUUCUACGACGAUGUGAGAGAUCUAUUACAGUCGGGAACAUCACAGCCAGAACUGGACACCAUCGCGUGCUACUACUUUGAUGGACAGGGCAAGGCGCUGCGUCCCAUGGUGACCCUGCUGAUGGCUAAGGCGUUAAACUAUCAUCUGAACAACGAAUCACACCAAUUAGUACACAAACAACGACAGAUAGCCCUCUUUUCCGAGAUGGUCCACUCGGCCAGCUUAGUCCACGACGAUGUCAUCGAUCAGUCGGACUUUCGACGCGGCAAGCCCAGCGUAAAUGCUCUGUGGAACCACAAAAAGGUCACAAUGGCUGGUGAUUACAUUCUAUCGAUUGCCUCGAUAAUGAUAUCGCGAUUGCGCAGCGAUGAUGUGACGAUCGUGUUGAGUCAGAUCUUAACCGAUUUAGUUCAAGGCGAAUUCAUGCAGCUCGGCUCGAGGGAAACGGAGAACGAGCGCUUCGCACACUAUCUAACAAAGACAUACAGGAAGACCGCUUCGCUGAUUGCCAAUGCGCUGAAGGCGACCGCCGUCAUCGCCCAGGCUGAUGAUAAUGUCGCCGAAGUGGCCUUCCAAUAUGGACGCAACAUUGGCCUGGCCUUUCAGCUGGUGGACGACAUGCUGGAUUUCGUCUCCUCCACAGAGCAAAUGGGCAAGCCAACGGCAGCGGACCUAAAGCUUGGCCUGGCCACAGCGCCGGUUCUCUUUGCAUGCGAAAAGUAUCCCGAGCUGAAUCCCAUGGUGAUGCGUCGUUUCAGUGAGCCGGGCGAUGUGGAGCGUGCCUUUGAACUGGUACAUAAGUCACAUGGACUCGAGCAGACGCGUUUUCUGGCUAAGAAGCAUUGCAAUGAGGCGAUACGUCUGGCACAGGAGCUGACUGAGUCUCCGUAUCAAAAGGGUCUGCAAGUUGUUGCCGAUUUAGUCAUCAAUCGAAUGAAGUAGAAACCGCAACAAAAUAUACUAAAUUAAAAUUAUACAUAUACUAGUAAGUUAGUAGCAGGCAACACUUAAUGUUAAUUAAGUCAGCAAAUGAGUGCAACAAGGAAAACAUUUGUAAAAAGGAAAUUAGUAAAUGGUAAAAACAAGAUUUAUUAUUUAGUUUUUAAGCAUUUUUGUUGACACUGUAAAUAAUUGCAUUAAAAGUACACAAGAUAUUGAGACAAAUUUAUGAUAACGAUGUACAUUGUAUGUAAAUAUGUACAUGUAAAACUUGAAAAGAAUUUUUAAUAAACUUUAUAUGCAAUGUUUUUGAAAUAUAUGUAUAUGCAUGUAUAUAAAUCGCAAUGUAAGAUCUUAUUUGCGAUGCCCAAGCUAAAGCGAAAAUUAAGAACAAAUUGUACAAAUCGAACCAAUUCAGCUUAACUUUAAGGAAGAGUCCACUGGAAAAAAUUGAUUAUGUUUACUAAUGCUCUUGUUUGAUAUUUGGAUGAUUGAAAAUACAAAAUACUAAAGAAAAUCAGUGCUAAAAAUCUAAAUUUUUUGUGUAAUACAAAGUAAUUGCGCUAAUGUAAUAAGCUGAUUUUGAACCUUAAAAAUCAAUAAGACAAAUGAUUAUUAGUCAACAACGCAACAAACGAUAUUUAUAUAUAAUGAGCAGUGUUUAAUAAUUUAGAAAAAUAUAAUUAAAAUCGUAACUAAAUUUGUGUGUUUCUAAGACAUGUCUGAAUGGUUUUAUGGCCACUGCAUGCUUUUUGUCACCCAUAUAAGCAUAUUCAAGCACAAAUUUACAUAUUAUUCGUUUUGUUUAUUUUUUAUUUCUUUAAAUACGGUUUUUUUUGAGUUUUAAAGCGUUUGUGCAUGAAAUGCACAGCAUACUCAUAUAAUCACAAAAUAUUUGCUAAUUAAGUCCAUAAUGCAAAUCAAAGAGAUAAUAUAUUGCUUAAGCUGCCCCAGUCUUAAUUUAAAAAAAUUAUUUUAAUAUCCAUACACAAUAAAAAUAUAAAUCAAAAAAAAAAAGAAUAAAAUUUUAAUUGCAAUCCUCAAUGAACACAUUGGAAACGAAUGUUAAAUGAUUGUAAAUAUAUUUAAGACUGGUUUGUAAGCAACCCUUUCCGGCUUCGGUGUAAUUUUAGAUAAGCCAAAGGCACCUUUACAGCCAGGUACAACGAAAACUACGUAAAUAGAUCAACUUCAUAUUCUAGCAUACAAAUCACAUGGGUGUUAUUGUGUUAUUGGUCUACUGAAUAAAUAUGCAAAUGUUGACAAUGUUUUUGAUAAUGAUAAUUAUGUAAUGAUAAUAACGAUGAAUAAAAUACGAUUUUUUGAGAAAACCAAA